UGUGUUUAGCACACUUUCUAGAGUGAUCUCAUUUGUUAAUAAUUCGUAAAGGACCUUAGAAUAUAAUAUGACAGCACGUAAUCCUCAAACUUUGAUGGCUCUGCCAAGCGAUGAAAGUUUCGAUUUUCUAUUUAAGGUGGUUUUAAUCGGAGAUGCUGGCACUGGCAAGACUUGCAUAGUAGAACGUUUCAAAACUGGCAAUUUCAUAGAGCGUCAUGGUAAUACUAUAGGUGUGGAUUUUUCUAUGAAAACCAUUAAUAUUGAAGGAAAGUUUGUUAAGUUACAAAUUUGGGACACUGCUGGCCAGGAACGUUUUCGUACCAUUACCCAAAGUUAUUAUCGUUCAGCAAAUGGUGUGAUUGUAGUUUACGACAUUACCAGUCGCGAUUCCUUUAGCAAUCUCCAAAAAUGGAUAGAAGAGGUGCGACGUUACACUGCCUCAAAUGUCAUGUUAAUAGUGGUGGGCAAUAAAUGUGAUUUAGAGGAUGAACGCGAAGUGGACUUUGAAGAAGCCCAACAAAUGUGCCAGUAUAUACCGGAAGUGUUGCUGGUAAUGGAAACCUCAGCCAAGGAGAAUCGUAAUGUAGAUGAUGCUUUUGUAACGUUGGCCAGUGAGUUAAAGCGACGCAUUGACACCAGCAUAAGACAAGAUGAGAAUGACGAUGAUGAAGCCAUUAAAUUGGGACAAAGUAAACCCUUGAAACAGUGUAGUAGCUCAUGCAAUUUAACGUAGAAUAUAAAAAAAAAACUCUUCAUAAUUCUCGUAAUUGUGUUUUUUAAAAAUGUGAUUUAUGUAUUUACUUUAUUUUGUUUUAUUGUUUGUUUCUCGCAUUAUGAUAUUUUAAUUUAGUUAUUUGUAUUAUUUUUUUGUUUUUAGUUAUAAAUAUAAAUAACACAUGGUACAAAUGUUAACAAAUUUGUAUUUAAAUUUUAAAGUCCAAAAUGAAAAUAAGGUCAAUUUGUGUGUAUUUAAGUUUUUUUUACCAAUUGACAAUUUUUAUUUAUAAUAAAUCUAACAUCACUUUCCAUUAACAAAAAAAAAACGUCCUUUUAUAGAAUUGUAGACCACAAAGUUUUAAUAAAUUCUCUUAAAUAAAUAAAAAAUUAAAUAA